GGCGGCGGCCGGGCGGUGGCGAUGCUGUGGCCGCGGCUGGCGGCGGCUGAGUGGGCGCCGUUGGUCUGGGAGCUGUUGGGCGCCUCGGUGCUGCUCAUCGCGGUGCGCUGGCUGGUGCGGCGGCUGGAGAAGCGGCCGCGGGGCCUGGGGCGGAGCGGACCCCCAGCCCCGCCGCCCGGCGCGGCCACGAACUCGGCCUUAGACCCAGGCGAAAUGACAAUGGACGCCAUCUUGGCGCGACUGAAACUCCUGAAUCCCGAUGACCUUAGAGAAGAAAUUGUGAAAGCUGGAUUGAAAUGUGGACCCAUUACCUCUACCACAAGGUUCAUUUUUGAGAAAAAAUUGGCUCAGGCCUUAUUAGAGCGCGGAAGAACGCUGCCUUCACAUCCUCCUGGCUGCGACACCUCAAGUGCCACUGCUCUGAGCCAAGAUGCACAGAAGAUGUCGAAGUCUGCUGUAGAGAGUCAGGCUGAGCAGGUCGGCUUGUCUGAAGACAGAGAUUUUGGUUACAGCGUGGGCUUGAAUCCUCCGGAGGAAGAUGUCGUGACGUCUGAGACCUGUUCCGUGCCCUUCAAUGCCACCACCGGGGUCGGCAGCCACAAAGCCGUGGCAAGGGCGUCUGCAGAGCCGCCUCUGUACUAUGGGGUGUGCCCGGCGUAUGAGGACACCCCAGCGAGAAAUGAAAGGAUUCAUGUUUAUGAAGAUAGAAAGGAAGCAUUGCAAGCUGUCAAAAUGAUCAAAGGAUCUCGAUUUAAAGCUUUUUCAAGUAGAGAAGAUGCUGAGAAAUUUGCUAGAGGAAUUUGUGAUUAUUUUCCUUCUCCAAGCAAAGCCUCUUCACCCCUUUCUCCUGUGAAAAUAACAUCGGUCUUCGGCAGCGGUGGAGUGAAAGAGUCAGAAACUAUCAACAGAGAACGAGCAAACAGUUACAAAACCCCCCGUACUCAAGAUCUCACUGCCAAACUUCGAAAAGCUGUGGAGAAGGGAGAAGAAGACCUCUUUUCGGAUCUGACUUGGAGUAACCCCCGGUACCUGAUCGGCUCUGGGGACAAUCCGACCAUCGUGCAGGAAGGGUGUAGGUACAACGUCAUGCAUGUCGCUGCCAAAGAGAACCAGGCUUCUAUCUGCCAGCUGACUCUGGAGACCCUGGAGAACCCCGAGUUUAUGCGGCUCAUGUACCCUGACGACGAGCCGCACAUGCUGCAGCAGCGCAUCUGCUACAUCGUGGACCUGUACCUGAACACGCCGGACAAAGCGGGUUAUGACACGCCAUUGCACUUUGCUUGUAAGUUUGGGAAUGCAGAUGUGGUCAACGUGCUUUCUUCACACCCUUUGAUUGUAAAAAAUCCAAGGAAUAAGUAUGAUAAAACUCCUGAAGAUGUGAUUUGUGAAAGAAGCAGAAAUAAGUCUGUGGAACUGAAGGAGCGCAUUAGAGAGUACUUACAGGGCCACUACUACGUGCCGCUCCUGAGAGCCGAGGACACAUCAUCUCCUGUGAUUGGGGAGCUGUGGUCUUCAGACCAGACGACCGAAACCUCUCAUAUCGGCCACGGGGGAGGCGGCCCCAGAGACCCUGUUCUGACCUUGCGAGCCUUUGCGGGGCCCCUGAGCCCAUCCAAGGCAGAAGAUUUUCGCAAGCUCUGGAAAACGCCACCUCGAGAGAAAGCAGGCUUCUUUCACAAUGUCAGGAAGACGGAUCCAGAAAGAGGCAUGGAGAGGGUGGGAAGGGAGUUGGCUCGCGAGCUGGGGUACCCCUGGGUCGAAUACUGGGACUUUCUGGGCUGUUUUGUUGAUCUGUCUUCCCAGGAGGGUCUGCAAAAGCUAGAAGAAUAUCUCAGUCACCAGGAGGCAGGCAUAAAGGCCCCACAAGACUCGGGAGAAAAUGAGGCCUGUCGUCAGGAGAACCCCUCUGCCUUUGGCCGUGCUCGGAAGUGCAGCAAUUCCAUCUCUGUGAGGGCGUUUCUGGAUGAAGACGACGACCUGAGCUUGGAAGAGAUUAAAAAUCGACAGAACACAGCUCGAAACAACACCCAGCCCACAGUUAGCACUUUUGGGGACUCGAAGUGUGACAUCCUUCCCUUGGAGCAGGAGACCAGCCUUAUAGAAGCAUCCACCCUGACCAGUCCCCACGGCAGCGAGAAUGGGUUUUGUGGCCCCCUGAGCGGCAGCAGGACCCCAGGCAGGAAGAGGCUGGAGGCCCCAGGCGCCGGAGAAGCACUCAUCUCGCCAUUCUCCGGCUUGACGGUUGAGUUCGAUAAACUGCAAUUGCAAGACCGAGGAAGUAAUCUUUCCAAGACACCAAAUAAAAGCAGGAAAACUAGGGACAAGAAGAGCUUCACAUCAAGAACGGAUGCAGUCGAGAAUGACUUGUUAGAGCCGCCUGCUGCUGACACGCUUACAGAGAACCAAACCAGGACAGAGAGCGAAAUGUCAGCCAAAAUGGCUAAAAUACAUCUGGGUCCUGACACUCCUGUGCCCGAGGUUCAGCAGAACUGUGGUUCCAUGCCCUCAGAGCCCUCAGGGGUCCCCACUACGAAGGAGCCUGUGGAGAGGCUCUUCCUUUUUGGAGAGGAGCCGUCAAAACUGGAUCGAGAUGUUUUGGCCGCUCUGGAGUGUACAGAAGUGGAUCCUCAGCAGUACCCGGCUGUGCACAGAUGGAGGAGUGCCGUCCUGUGCUACUCCCCCACUGACAGACAGAGUUGGCCAAGCCCUGCGCUGAAAGGGAAGCUGGAGUCUCAGCAGCUGGAUGUCGGUUGUCCCCACAGCUGCAGCCCCGGGAGAAGCCCUGGGAAGCCCGGGCCCGCAUCCCACUCCCCAGGCCUGGGCAGCCCUGGGCGCUACAGCCCUGCGCAUGGGAGCCACCUCCGCAGAAUGGCGCGCCUGGCGCAGCUCACGGCCUUGUAAGGCAGGUGCAAGCUGCUGGGCGGCUCGUUCUCUUGUUUGUUUUUAAAGGAAGAAGGGUAAAGUGUUUAUUGCUAAAACUUACCAAAAAGAAUAUAUUCUGAUUAAUUUAUUAGUUCUCAUUUUGAGAGUAAAAGGUUUUUAGAAAAUGCAAAUGUUUUGUAUAAAAUUUAGUUUUCUGGGGUUUGGGGAGAAGUUGAUGGAAACAAAUCCAGUUACAAACUUUCUGAGAAUCGUCAGCGUGUAACAGUGUGGACUUAAGCUCACCGUGGGCAAGCGGAGGACGCCGUUCCCAUGGUGUGU